UUCAUCCAUGUUGUUUUAUUACGCAAUAAAAUACGAACUUAGUAUUUAUUACAGUAAUAUUAAAGCCUGAUUGAAGAAUUAAUGCUUGAGUCUUCAUAUCUAUGCUGAAAGAAAUCAACAUUAUAGAAUUGCGGUACCAUUUAAAAUUGACAUCGCGGAAGAUUACUUCGCGGUGGCUGUGUUAUGCGGUCCCUAAACUCGAAGUCAAGGAAAUUCCUAUAUGGGGCAAAAUAUUUUUCACUUAAAUACUGCUAGAUUCAGCGCCUAGCAAGGGAAAUAUAUUGUUAUUUUCAUAGCUCAAUAUUCAGUUAGUUAACUGUGUAACUGUCAUUGAAGUUAUAGACCCAGCAAUGGCAAAGUUGAUAGCAGUUUGCCGGUCUGAGGAUUAUCAGUUUGAAAGGAGACAAAUCCCACUGGUUGUUGACGACACACUUACUAUGGUUGUCCAGUUUGCUGACAAGUGUAUCGAUUGUGACCAUGUCAAUGGAAUUAUGUGUAAGGAUAUGGAGCGGUUUGUACAAAGGUUUAGUGCACUAUCAAAGGACGAAAUUGCAGUGGCUAUGAUGGUCACUAGUAAAGACAUCAUGAACUUACUGACCCAUCUUGUACCUUGUGUUGGUUGUAGACGAAGUGUAGAGAGACUAUUUACUCAGUUAGUUGAUUCACAACACCCUGCACUGGAGCCUCUCAUUGUUACCAAAAGUGCUAUUAUGUCAAUCAAUAGGAACUAUUUGUUUGAUCCCAGGGCCUUAUAUUCACUAUUCUACAUUCAUGGGGCAAAGUUAUCCACUAUGGUAGAUGCUAUUCCAAAAAGUAAAAAGAAUAAAAGAUGUAAUCUACACUCACUGGAGACUCAUAAAACUAAAACUACAGGUAGUUGGAUAGAUAUCUGGGAUCUGUUGUCUCAAGAAUGCAGAGAGGAAGUAGUGUUAGUGGAUGCUGACAGUCUGCUUGAUACCCUCGAAAACUACCUUAGAAAACACAGGUUUUGUUCUGAGUGUAAGUCAAAAGUGUUGCGUGCAUACAGUAUUCUAGUGGGUGAUAUAGACAGUGCAAAGGAAAAAGGUUAUUGUCCAGCAUUGUACGAGGGUCUGAGAUGUUGCCCUCAAGAACGGCAUAUACAUAUGCUGUGUGAUACAGACUUUAUAGCUCAUCUCAUUGGUAGGGCAGAACCAGAAAUCAUUGGAAGCAAUGGAAGACGAGACAGACAUGCCAAGACGUUAGAUAUUGCCCAGGAAGAAGUGCUCACCUGUCUGGGAAUACAUACGUAUGAACGGUUACAUAAGAUAUGGCAGAAAUUGAAGGCAGAGGAGCAAACAUGGCAAAUACUGUUCUUCCUUGGAGUAGAUGCACUUAAACAAAGCUUUGAGAUGGCAUUAGAGCGUAAACAGGGUGUGUCAAACUUAGAGUUAAUGUGUGAGGAAUUGUUAGAGGAAGAACGAGCUCGUGAACAACGUCAGGAGAAGAAACGACAACGUAAAAAGAAAAAGAAGGCAAAGUCAGGUCAGUUACAUGAGAAGGAGAAUCUGGUGUUAGAAGAAGAAGAGGAUGAUGAUCGUUGUAAUAAUUGUGAUAGUUCAGCUUGCUCCAUGACAAAGAAGUCUCCUCAGUCAUGCACCUCAUCUGGCUCACACCACAACUGUGGCGAUCACAAUUCCAACACCACUGUAGCGUCAAUGAAUAGUUGUAGGAGUUGGGAGCGAACCUGUGAUCCUAGAUCCCCAAGUACGGGACCGCCACAUAAACCACAAAUGGUACUUGGGAGUAGAUGUAGUGAUAAUGGUUAUUCUUCAUGUGGAGAUGGGUGCGAGAGUUGUAGUAUGCCUAGUUCCAAUGAUGGCUCGGAUAUUGCGUGCUCAGAGGGAGUUUGUACGGGAAUUGAUGGAGAUGAUCACAUACAUGAGUGUAAUCCCCGCGGUAGAGAAAGAUGUCCAAUGUCAGAACUGUCUCCGGAGAGAGGCAGAGUUUCCCCACCUCUUCCUAAAGGAAACAAGUGUGAAGAUUAUUUCAUUCCUACAUGUAAAGGAGAUUGUGAAAAACAAGGCCAAUACAAAAUGACAUUCAGCUUAGAAGAUAUGCUUGAGCAAUUUUGCUCAUCUGAAGAUGAAGCGGUCAUAUCAGAGGAGGAAAUCAUGAGGUUCAAAGCCAAUGAGAAAAAGUUGAUGAGAAAACGUCAAGAGCUUCGAGAAACACUGCGGCAAAGGUUCAACAACAUGCAGCAUAAACAACAGUCUGAUGGUGUCGGGAAACAGCCUUUAGAAAGCGAGAUGUCACUUGGUCAACAGUGACUAAAUUGCGAUAUUUGAACUGUGAUUUAAUACAGAGUAUUUCCAGAAACUUUUUAAUUUUAGGUGCAUCAGGCCUUUGCUUUUUGCUCUCUAAUUCUCUGUACGAAAUGGAUUAUGGAUUUUAUUUUAUUUUGUGGUUAAACUUGUUUAAGAUUAAAAUCCACAAUAUGUAGCCAUUAGUGACAGUUGCUUGCUCAACACUUGGUAUGCUUAUGUUGGCUUCGUCCAAAAAUUUUGUUCUCUUCUUGAAACAGAAAGAUGAACCGUAACUUUUACAUUUACUGUUACUGUAUAUUUAUUAUUAUAUUCUAUGGUUUUACCGGACCAUUGGUAAACCAUUUGUAGACAGUAGUUGUCCAUCAAUGAUUUCUGUUGAUAUGAAAUUAUGUUCAAAAAAGGUCAGUAACUUUUUGAUACUUGUAAGAAGAAACAAAUUAUGGAAGAUUAAUGCUAGAAUAGUGUUAUAAAUAGUAGUCAUGAUUGACCAAGAACAUCAAGCAUUUACAUUAAUGGCUUAUUAUUUGAGGGAUUUUAGUUUUGAAGAUAACUUAUUUUGGCAGUAUAUUUGUUAAGACAUACGAGACAGAAGUAGAGAUAUUUACUAUUUAUUUAGAUUUUUUGUUCCACAACUUCUUGUGCUAGAUUAUUGUUUAGUUUGUUUCUUUAGAAACGAAUGAACCUUAAGUGUGAGAAAAGUAACAUGACAUGUAGUUAAAUUGGUUUAAAGUUAACUUUUUAUUCUGUUUUUGUUAACUGUCUUUAUAUGUAUUUAACCCUUACUAUGCUGGACACGAUUGAUUCUGCCUAUGCGACCAGUGUAGAUAAUGAUCAGCCUACACAUCCGUGCAGUCUGAUCAUGAUCUGCACUGUUCACCAUUCAGUCAGUAUCUUUUUGGUAACAGUUAAUGAUACUGUCGAAAUUGGAAGAUGGACAAGUUCAUUGUAGAAAUUAAGCAGGAUAAGGGUUUAUUGAAGCAUUCAAAAAUGGUCACAGUAUAAUUCUAGUUAAUGAAAAAGUUUUGCCUGGAAUGUUUGAACUAGGAUUCCAUAAAAUGAAAUGGAUUUAUUGCCAAAAAUGUCAUGAAAUAUUUAGUUGUUAUUUCUUCUCUGUACUGAUGGUUGCCAUGUAAACACUAAAAUAAUGUAAUUUAUUUCACUGAUGCAAUUGCCAGAAAAGCAAUAAAAAAUGCAACACCAGUGUGCUUGAAAUGGUUUGGAAAUAUUCAGAGUCAGUGUGAGCCCUGCCAGUACAUAAUUGAAUCUUUGUGAUCAGUUUAUUUUAUUAAGCAGUGAACAUUUGGUUUAGGCACAAGAAUGUUAGUUUCUCAUUCACUUUCUCUCUUGUUAUGCAUUCUUCAUAAAACUAACCUUACUGUUAAUGAUUUGUAAUUAUCAGGUUUGUUUAUUACCUUCACCUGGAGCUUUUACCCAUCUGUUACCAAAAAAAAAAAAGGGCAAGACUUUAUAACUCUUCCCCACUGUUUUAAAACAAAGAUAAAGACAAAAAAUCUGAGUGGAUUUUUCCCCAUUUUUUUUACAAGCUGCAGGAAAAUGUGUAAUGUUUCUGCUAUUAUAUAUUUGAUGUAUUCUGAAGUGUAAUCCUUACUGUUUUAAGAAGUUUGCUGUAAUACAACCUUGUAAUGUAUAAGUGUGAUAAGAUUUAAGACCAUCCUUUAUUGUUCACUUCCAAUUUUUACUAUGAACAAACUUCUGCAAGAAAGUAUUACAGGGUUCACAUAAAAAUGAGAAAAGUCAUGGGUAUUGAAAACUGCUGAUUUUGUCAUGAAAACUCCAGAAAAAUUCUCAAAAAUAAUUUUAAAUUUCAAAGUACUCCCAUAAAAUUACAUAAAAAAUUAUAAAAGAUUGCCAGAAUAACAAAUAACACUAAUUUAAACCUUUUUCUUCAACCAAAAUCAAAAUGAAGUAAAAAAAAUGUUAAUAAUACAAUCUUAAAAACAUUACGAAAUAUAGUUACAAAUAAUUUUUUACCUCUCUUGUCAGGGUUAAAAGUCAUGGAAUUUUGUCAGUUUAAGUCUGUGUAGAACUUAGUAUUACAGUAAGGAGCUUCUUCUGAAUCUGUUUAUUUUGGGUUACGUUUCAGUAUGAUUACCAUAGAUUUUACAGCUCCUAUAGAGACAUUCUUUACAGUCAAAUACAUGUCGUAGAUCAUUUUCAGAUUAAGGUCAAUGCUAUAACACCUUCUCACAGAGAUCUCAUUUUUUCUUCCCAUUUAUCCAUGACUUGUGAAAAUUUAUCUGCUUUGAGAGACCACAUGUCUACAAAGACAUUUUUUUCUUCUCCCCCCAAAGGUCAUGGUGGCCAACGUGCGUGACAUGGAUACCAUACUCGCGGAAUUUUUUUUGUCCCAAUUCAGGUAAUAUUUUGCCCAUUAUUUCCUUAUUACUUGGUGGAUUCAUAUGAUAUACAGCAAAAUGAGUGCUUACCUCCACACAAAACAUCUGCAAUCAGUUCAAACACUGACCAACUGCGGAAGGUUGUACAUUACACAGUCAAAGAAAAUCAGUUGGGCCAAGUAUUUGAGAAAAGAAUUGAUGGCAGAUGCUUUUUGAGGAGGAAAGUACUCAUUUUGCUAUCUUCGACACACUUCAUUUUAUUAAAAUCGGUCAAGUAAUAAGGAAAAUAUAGGCAAAAUGUUGCCGGAAUUAAAACAUUUACACUGUGAACCGCAUCCAGAAGUGGUGUGGGUUGGCCACCCAGAGGAUGGUCUUUACAGACAAGUUUGACAUUAUGAUUUUGUGGAUCUGGAUGAAAUUAAUGAAAGUUUGAUCAUGAUUAUUUGUUGCAAACAGGACUUAGUUUUGUUAAUGAUAGUACAAAUAGUGAAAGGUAUAUGCAAGUCCAGUGCUUUUAAAUUUGAUUUUGCCAGAAGAUUUGUUCUAUUAAAAGCACUAUAGGCAAAAUACAACAAGUACAAAAGAUAUACUAAAGGACAAAAGAAUCUGCCUGAUUUGCUCAGAAAAUAGAGCACAGUUCUUCUCCAUCUGACUCGUGUUCAGAUGUUGCCAGUUAAUGUAGAUUGGUUGAUUUUUGCAUUGGCUUUAUUUAGUAAUUCCUUGGUUAGCAGCAUUAUAUGCAGCGUUAAGAUUUGCCAAACCUGUUUGUGUUUUAGUACAUGGUGCAGAUUAAAAGUUAUUUAAUAUUUUACAUUACUGAUGUACUGUUGAAAAAUAUUGCAUCAAAUCAAAAUAAACACAAAAUACAAGAGACCUGACAAUAAAAAAAAACAGGAGAGAGACCUGACAAUAAAAUGCAUGAAACCUGACAAUAA